AUGGAAAGCGCUUGGGUGCAGACGGCCAUCGGGGCGAUCAAGAUCAUCACGAUGGUGUACGAUAUCAUCACGAUGCCGAUCUAUCUGGCGAUCCAGCGGCCGUGGAAGCGCAAGCAGCUCGCCCGAAGGGUGAAGGUAAGAAUUAUCAAUCGUAUUCUAACGUUUGUUUGUUCUGCUUUCACACAGGCCAAGAUCAUUCAACAGGACACCACGUCGAUCAGUUACCGGUCAGUCGAUUCACCGGGCGAGAUGCACGUCAAGAUGCUGCAAAACAACAUCGACACGCUCGAGCGGAUGUUCAACUUCGUCACGAAGGUGCACACCACCAAGCGGUGCAUCGGCACGCGCCAAAUCCUCGGCGAGGAGGACGAGAUGCAACCGAACGGUCGGAUGUUCAAGAAGUUCCGCAUGGGCGAUUACGUGUGGCGCAACUUCAUCGAGACGGAGCAUGCGGCGGCUUGUUUCGGGCGCGGCUUGCGCGAACUUGGCCAGCAGCCAAAGCAGAACAUCGUCAUUUUUGCCGAAACGCGCGCAGAAUGGAUGAUUGCGGCGCACGGAUGCUUCAAACAGAACAUGCCGGUGGUAACGAUCUACGCAACGCUCGGUGACGAUGGUGUGGCGCACGGUAUCAACGAGACGGAAGUGACGACCGUGAUAACGUCCCACGAGCUGCUGCCAAAGUUUAAGAGCGUGCUGAACGUGACACCGAACGUGAAGAAGAUCAUCUUCAUGGAAGAUCAGCUGCAUCCGACCGAGACGACCGGAUUCAAGGAAGGCGUUGAGAUCAUUCCCUUCAGCAAGGUCAUCGAACAGGGCAACAAGAGCACGAUCGCUGGAUCCCCACCGUCUGCCGACGAUACCGCCAUCAUCAUGUACACAUCCGGCUCGACAGGUACGCCCAAGGGUGUGCUGCUAUCCCACGCAAACUGUAUCGGCACGAUGAAGAACUUCUGUGAUAUCUUCAAGAUUUAUCCGGAUGAUGUGUUGAUCGGGUUCCUACCGUUGGCCCACGUGUUCGAGCUGCUCGCGGAGAGUGUCUGUUUGCUCACUGGCGUACCGAUCGGCUACUCGACCCCACUUACACUGAUCGACUCGAGCAGCAAGGUGAUGAAGGGUUGCAAGGGUGACGCGUCAGUGCUACGACCGACCUGCAUGACUUCAGUACCGCUCAUCCUGGAUCGAAUUUCGAAAGGCAUCAACGACAAGGUAAACGCAGAAACCCCGAUGAAGAAAGCUUUCUUCAAGUUCGCCUACAACUACAAAUCGAAAUGGACGGCUCGGGGCUAUCAGACACCGCUUUUGGACAAGAUCAUCUUCAAAAAGAUCGCUAAGUUGCUCGGAGGUCGUAUUCGCAGUGUACUGUCUGGUGGUGCACCGCUUGCACCGGAUACUCACGAACAGAUUAAGCUGUGUCUGUGUGUUGACGUGAUCCAGGGUUACGGAUUGACAGAAACUACAGCCGGAGCGGCUGUAAUGGACAAAUGGGACAUGGAGUAUAGCCGCGUUGGUGCACCGUCGUCGAGUAAUGACAUUCGGUUGAUUAACUGGGAGGAGGGUAACUAUCGCGUCACGAACAAACCGUUCCCGCAGGGCGAGAUCGUUGUCGGUGGUACUACCGUCUCGAAGGGUUACUACAAGCUGCCCGGCAAAACGCAGGAAGACUUCUUCGAGGAGGACGGUCAGCGAUGGUUCCGUACCGGUGACGUGGGCGAAGUCCAUCCCGAUGGUGCGCUUAAGAUUAUCGAUCGUAAGAAGGACCUGGUGAAGCUGCAGGCCGGCGAAUAUGUGUCGUUGGGUAAGGUCGAAUCGGAGCUGAAAACCUGCCCGGUGGUGGAAAAUAUCUGCGUGUACGGCGACUCGACGAAGCAGUUCACCGUUGCGCUGGUUGUGCCGAAUCCGAAGCAUCUGGAAGAGAUCGCCGAGCGGUUGGAAAUUCGUGGUGUCGAGUUUGAGGCUCUGUGCGAUAACAAGAAGGUCGAAAAGGCCGUCCUACAGGAGUUGGCUGAACAUGGCCGUAAAUGCAAACUGCAUCGUAGCGAAAUUCCCGCCGCCGUACAUCUAUGCAAGGACAUCUGGACGCCCGACAUGGGCCUGGUGACGGCUGCCUUCAAGCUGAAGCGCAAAGACAUUCAGGAGCGAUAUCAGACGGAAAUCAACAAGAUGUACGCAUCGUAG